AUGUCUGACAACGUGGGUGCUAGUCGCAGAGUCAUUGGCAUUCCUGUAAGGACUUAAUAGCUUGAAGACCAGGGAGGCAACACUUAAAUAUCAGACUGGGAAGCAGCACCACUCAAGAGGAUCACAGGAGGACUAAGUUGGGGAAAUCUUUCUGAAUCUAUCCAGGAAUAAGAGGACCCAAGAUGUUUAGACGAUCAGUAGUGACGGAUGGGACGGCCGCUGGCCAAGGUCCUGAUGGAGAGAAUGGUAAAGAAGUGGGGAUCAAGAAAAAUCUAAGGUCCCCCGGGGUGAUGAUUACACAGUUUAUCGAGACGCUGCCAGAGGGAAAGAGCCAUCCAGACUUCACCCGAAAGCCGAUUGCUUUGACCAUUCAAGAGGGCAAAUUUGCUUUUUUCAAAGCGAUUGUCACUGGAGACCCACAGCCGACAGUAACAUGGAGCAGAAAUAAUGGAGAUGUGUCUGAUACGUCAAGAUACCAGACUAAAUAUGAUCCCAAUUCCAAUGAGCAUACGUUUGAGAUGCCAAAUGUUAAGCCAGAUCAAGCUGAUACCUAUAAAUGCUUUGCCACAAAUGAAUUUGGACAAGCCAUCGUCACAGUUGUUCUGAAUGUUAUUGAAGUUGGUUUCAAAAAGAACAAAGUCCAACAACAACCAGCUGAAGCCGUUGGUGGGAAUUUUAAGACUGUACUAAAAAGGAAAAGUAAGAUCCGUCCUAAAGCCGAGCAACCAGAGAGGAAAGAGGGAGAGAUUGAUCCUAAAUUUUGGGAACUCUUAAUUAGCGCUGAGAAGAAAGAUUAUGAGAGAAUCUGUUCAGAGUUCGGAGUGACUGACUUUCGCUGGAUGCUCAAGAAACUAAAUGAAAUGAAGAAAGAGCGGGAGGAAGAACAAGCUGCGUUUGUCAAAAACUUGUCUAACCUGAAACCUAUUGAAGUCAACCCUGAUGGUAUUGCAUCCUUUGAGAUUGACAUGGACCUUAUUGACCCAAGCAGCUCCAUAUUUAUUUACAAGGAUGGUGUAAUGGUUCCAUAUACAAAGGAGCUGGGAGAUCAGAUGAAGCACAGCCUCAAACAAGUGGGGAGAAAGUAUAUUUUCAGUGUAAGGGACCUUAUGCCAGACGAUGCUGGACUGUACCAACUGGAUGUAGGGGAUGUGAAUAUGUUUUCCACGGAUUUUAAAAUCCCCAUGGUGGAUUUCUUGGUGAAAAUUCAAGAAGUGAAGGCAAUCGAGAGAGAAGAUGCUGUUUUUGAAUGUGUUCUGUCAAAUCCCUUCUCCAAGAUUUUGUGGUUUGGCAAGAAUUUGCCACUGGAACAAGGCGAUAAAUAUGAUAUCCAGGUUUCAGAAGACAAGCUCAUUCACAGGCUGGUGGUCAAAGACUGUAUGGUAGUAGACAAAGGAAUUUAUUCUGCCUGUGCAGGAAUAAAAUCUUGCAACGCAUGGCUUAUUGUUGAAGCUGAUAAAGAUGCGCCAAAGGGCAAAAAAUCAGCAAGGAAAACAACAAGGGCUGGCGGUUCUGGGGUGGAUCUGCAGAAGGUCGCCCAAGAGCAACAGGCAAAAUUAGAGAAAGAUAGAGAAGAAAGGAAAGAACAGAUUAAAGUUGCAAAAGAAGCUGCAGCAGCUGCACCUCCUCCUGAAUCCCCUCCAGCUACAGCUGGGGUGAAAACAGAGGCACCAAAACCUAAACCAAAAGGAGUAAAGGAACCAGCAGAUUCACCGGUUGUGGAGGUAGCAAGUACUGGCCAGCCAGUGCCAGUGCCGGUGCCUGUGCAGGUGCCUGUGCCGGUGCAGGUGCCGGUGCCUGUGCCAGAAGCCGGUGCCAGGGAAAGGCUUGAUCAACCACUCGCAGACGCAGGAGAGCCUGGAAUUACCUGUGGACUCUCUGAUAUUUAUGCUCUUCGUGGAAAUCCGGCUGAAUUAUCUGUAAAGAUGAACAUGGACCGCGAUGGGUCCUGGUUUAAAGAUGGAGAGCAGUUAAACUCGGGUGCAGGGGUCAACAUAAAGAAAGAUGGAACCUCUCACAAGCUGACAAUUCAAAGCUGCAGAGAUGACGACUCUGGAGUUUAUCGUUUUGUAUCAGGGGAUCAAAAUACACAAGGAAAGGUCACUGUUGGAGAUGUACCUGAAUUUGACCCAGACGACCUCCACAAGUUCUCCAAACCUGUGAUCAUAAGAGUGGGCCAGAACGCUGCUUUCAAGAUGCCCUUUCCUCCUCAGGAGUCUUUGGUGGUCAGUUGGUUUAGGGAUGGCACUGAGAUCAAAGACGGAGGAGGAGUUAAGAUCGUGAGGGAGCCCAAUCACAGCCGGCUGCUGCUCAGAGACUGUCUGCGGACAGACGCAGGGGAAAUAAAGAUCCAACUCAAAAACCCAUUUGGGGCUGUGGAGGCCACAUCUCAGCUUAUUGUGCUAGAUCGGCCAGGUCCACCUGAGGGUCCAGUGGAGACUGUUGAAACCACCUCAUCUAUCAUUGAGAUUAAAUGGAACCCUCCCAAAGACGAUGGCGGCUCUGCUGUGACCAACUAUAUUAUAGAACGGCAGCAGGCGGGACAGAAUCUGUGGACAAAACUUGGGGACGUCUCAGCUGACAAGACCUCCUUCAGAGACAGGAAUGUGACUCAUGGAAAGAAAUACAACUACCGCAUCUAUGCAGAAAACCCUGAGGGCCUCAGUGACACCCUGGAGACAACUGAUAGCAUUAUGGCUGGCAUAAUGAUACUCUCCGGUCCACCUGGUGCCCCCAAAGUGGUAAGUGCCACUAAGUCCUGCAUCAAGUUGACCUGGUCACCUCCAGAGGACGACAGAGGAGUACCAAUCAUUGGUUAUCAAUUGGAGAAACGAAAGAAGGACACAAAUCAGUGGAUUGCCCUGAAUGCUGUUAAGGAACCAAUUGAAGAUGUGAACUACGCAGUUAAAGAUAUCACUGAGGGAGCAGAGUAUGAAUUCAGGGUUUCAGCAAUCAAUGAAUCAGGAUCAGGAGAUCCAAGCCCUCCCUCUGAAAUGGUGUGUGCAAAGAAUCCCAACAUGAGACCUUGUUUUAAAGACCCAGAAGACUUCAUUGUUGUCAGAGCAGGAAAUUCUGUGCGCAUCAAAAUUUGCUAUGAGGCUGAACCUCCACCUCAGAUCACUUGGCUGAAGGAUGAUGAGCCAAUAUCCCCGUGGUUUCAUAUCGUCAAUACAGAGGGAAUGUCUCAACUUGUUAUUCCCUCAUCAAAGCGCUCGGAUUCAGCCAUUUACACUAUCAAAGCCAAAAACUCUGUGGGUGAGGCUUCAUUCGACAUUGAGGUUAGAGUCACAGAUGAACCCAAGACUCCAGGCCCAGUGGAGCUGGAGCAAACAGUCCAGGGCAAAGUGGUGAUUUCAUGGGCUCCGUCUCCAGACGAGGAGCUCGACGACCGGUUGUACUACAUGGUGUCUCAGCGCGACUCCAACACCAGAAUGUGGAAGACAGUAGCAGAUCGCCUCUUCACUAAGACAUACACGGCCAUCAACAUCCUUCCAGGGAUAGAGUAUCAUUUCCGUGUCUAUGCCAAGAAUGAUAUGGGCCUCUCAGAUCCAUCUCAGUCACCUACAUGGGGCGUCAACAACAACAGAGUUCCAAUAAGCUCAAAUGGAGUUAAUUCAACAAAUGUCUGCUUUGAGAGGCCUCCGUCCAUCUUGGUCCCUCUUAAAGUCCACACGCCACCUAAAGGUUACCAACUCUAUAUGACAUGUGCCGUCCGAGGAUGCCCUACACCCACUGUAUCCUGGUACCUGAACGACGUCUGCAUCAACUUCGACAACAACUAUUAUAUCACCAACUCAUUUGGUGUGUGCUCAAUGUUCAUUCUCAGAGUCCGACAACAGGACAGCGGCAAUUAUAAAGUUGUUGCAGUCAACUCUCUUGGCAAGGCAGAGUGUUCGACUAAACUUAUUGUUAAAGAUUAAAAUGACAUGAAGGCCAUGCAGCUUUUCCUCUUACUGAGAUAUUCUGGAAAAUAAGGAAGUGGAAUGUUUUGUUUUACAGCAUAAACUCCACUGACAGCAUGCAAUACUGUUAUGUAAAGUGCUGGUAAAAAACAUCUAAAGUGAUCUUAAUACUAACUUAUUUAAUUUAUUUGAAAUGCGAUUGAUUUACAAUUGUUACCCUGUCAUCAGAAAUAAUAACUAUGCAGCACGAGUGAAGUGACAAACUAUAGCACAAAGACAUCUGACAAAUUUUGACAAUUUCUGACAAACAACUGCAAUAAAAUCAACUGGUGACAACAACUGACAA